AUGCUGCAGGAGAAGCUUUCAGCUGUGACGGAUGAAUGUUUGAGGGUCCAGUCCGGUGGGGAGACGGAUCUGCUUCCAGAACAUUCCCCACUGGGCCUCUCUACAGCUCCCACCAUUCUCAGCUCCACUGAGCCCAACCAGAAAAUUGAGAACAUUAAGGUUGCUCUUCAUGAGAGAGAGCUGUGGAAGAAGUUUCAUGAGGCCGGCACAGAGAUGAUCAUUACUAAAGCAGGAAGGAGGAUGUUCCCCAGCUACAAAGUUAAAGUAACUGGGAUGAACCCUAAAACUAAAUACAUCCUACUUAUUGACGUUGUUCCUGCUGAUGACCAUCGCUACAAGUUCUGUGAUAACAAGUGGAUGGUGGCUGGCAAAGCUGAGCCAGCAAUGCCAGGCAGACUCUAUGUGCACCCUGAUUCCCCCGCCAUAGGAGCUCACUGGAUGAGGCAACUGGUGUCGUUUCAGAAGCUCAAGUUAACAAACAAUCACCUGGACCCUUUUGGGCAUAUCAUCCUGAACUCUAUGCACAAGUACCAGCCCAGGCUACACAUAGUCAAAGCCGAUGAAAACAAUGCCUUUGGAUCCAAGAACACUGCCUACUGUACUCAUGCCUUUAAUGAGACAGCCUUCAUCUCGGUAACCUCUUACCAAAACCAUAAGAUCACUCAGCUAAAGAUAGAAAACAAUCCAUUUGCCAAAGGAUUUCGGGGUAGUGAAGAAGGAGAUCUACGCGUUUCAAGACUACAGGGAAAAGAUUAUCCAGUUAUUUCAAAGAACAUGGUUCGCCAGAGGCUCAUCUCGUCACAUAGCCACCUAGCAGGGAAGCUCGGACAAGGAGUUCUCCCGGGGCACCCUCAAGUGCGGUCCUCCUAUCAGUAUGAGACUCUGUCGAACUCAGACUCCCAAGAUCCUAUCUCGAGCCACUUCCCUCAGAGCCGAGAUCCCAGCCUUCUGUACCACUGCUUUAAACACAGAGAUAAUGCCAGACACCUAGAGCUUGGAUGUAAGCGGCCGUAUUUGGAGACAGCAUCUGUGGUCUCAGAGGAGCAUUACCUUCGUUCAGCUUCUGCUUAUGAGUCGCCGUUGAUGUCUCAUCCUUACUGCACAGAGGCAAUUACCUCUAGAGAGGCUUGCAUGUACGGUAGUAUUGAGACGGAGUCUGCAUCGGUAGUAGGGGACACGGAUGACUUGGCCAACUCCUCUUCAAUAAAUUGCAACAUGUGGGCUACGAUGCAGCCCUACCCUCGCUAUAGUAUGGAGGGCGUCCCGUACCAGCCCUUCACUGCUCACUUCAGCAAUGCUGCCACGGUCACUCCGGUACCGCAUCCCACAUCAUCCAUGGCAUCUAGACCACAGGCUGAUUUGGGUAUCUACAACUCAGCUACGGUUCAGCGAGGUCUGCCUGUAAUACCUCCUUCAUCCUCCUCUUCAUCUGUCUCUCCAGGCGUUUCAGGAUCCAGAGAAAGGUCAGGCCAUCCACCUUUGUACCAGAAGAAACCAGGGUCUCCACUCCGGCCUCACAGAGAUUUCUCAGCCUAUUCGACACAAAGCGCUCUAUCUAUCCGGGAUCCAUCCUAUCAGUACCAAGUGGGGCUGAGUAGCGCUGGGACUCACUGGACUGACAGCUAAUAUGGACCCUUAGAGGAAACAGUUAUGCCAGCGUACAAGUCUGAAAUGAAUCAAGGUCCAACACCCCACUUGUGGGCUGCUGAUGCCAAGCAAUGAGAGUGAAGUACAGCCGUGAUCAUUGCCAAAGCCUUUUAUGGCCAUACAUUCUCACAGAAGCACUUUUACAUGCAUCACUGUGUGUAGUGAACAGUGCCCGACCUCUUUACUUAUGCAUAUUGUAGCAAUUGUACAGAUACGAUUGUUUUCAACACUCAAAUGCAAAGUGCAGGUUUUCAUUAAUACCUCAAUGUUUGUGGGAGGAAGCUGUAAAAUACACAAAGCCUGACACUAACUGGCUAACAACAACUAUCCAAAAAGUUGACCUGAUGUAAAAAUGAGGAUAAUUUUUCAGAAUACACCAUUGAUGAGAUCCACUUCUAGAGAAUGAGAGGCCUAGAUGUAUUUACCUCUAGGGAAUGAUGGUUUCGUCAUACCUUGUAGAGCUCCACGUAGAUACAGCAUGGUGAUUGAUUGUGGCUGCCAUUAUUAUGUUGAAUUUCUUAAUGUCAACAAAUUCA